UAAGAAAUCGUCGCAAAUAUUUUACAUUUUAAAUCAAGCCGUCAUUUGUGUGUGUUCUAUUAUUCUUCAGCAAUGAGUGAGAUGGAAGAAAGAAAACAAACCGGACACACUUACGUACAAUGGCUUGUAGCAAUGUUAGUAAACUUGACUGUGUUCGCUUACGGAAUCGAGAACAGUUGGAUAUCGCCCAUGACCAAGAGUCUGCAGUCAGACCAUUCUCCAGCUGGCGAGCCGCUAUCAGACUACCAGAUCUCCUGGAUUGCCAGCCUUCUCUGCAUUGCAGCUGUCUUUGGUGCACCUGUGUAUUCGUACAUAGCUGAUAGGUUUGGCAGGAAGGCAGCUGUUAUGGCUAUCCUAUUACCACAAGCGAUAUCCAGUGCAAUGAAACUGUACCCUACAAUAUACAUGUUGACUGCUUCGAGAAUAAUCGCCGGUCUGUCUGCAGGGGGAAUUUUCAACAUAAUUCCCAUGUAUGUCAAGGAAAUAAGCCACGAGAAUUUAAGGGGUAUCCUGGGUUCCAUACUAGUCAUGGCUCAAAACCUGGGUGUUUUGGUGAUGUAUCUCCUUGGAGGAUACUUAGACUACUACACGGUGCAAUGGAGUAUUAUUGGCAUUCCAAUACUUGCUGCCAUUGUGAUGAUUAAAGCGCCUGAAGCGCCUGCGUUCCUGGUGAAGAAGGACAAAAUAGAAGAAGCUAUGCAGACGGUUGCGUUUCUUAGAGGCCUAAAUAAAGAUGACAAGAGGGUUCAGGACGAAAUAGACUGCAUGAGAAAAGAAGAGGAAGAAUUCAAAAGCCUGCCUAAUGUUGAACUGAAAGAUCUGUUUAUGGACGAAAAAUGGCGUCGCGGUGUCAUCAUAAUAUUGGUUGCGAGUACGGUCCACGCAUGUAACGGUGCCUACGCGAUUAUCGUGUACGCGGUCACACUCCUCAACAAGGCAGGCGGUGAAAUGGAGAUCAGCACUGAACUGCAGUCUGUCAGCUUCCCCAUCGUAAUGAUAUUGGCUUGCGUCCUACUUGCCCUGUUCGUUGAAAGAUUUGGCAGAAAGCCUCUCCUGGCCGGCGCAUACUUCAUAUCGGCUUUAUCAUUCGCUUCGAUUGCCACUGCUAUCCUGUUAAAAGAGACUGGGACAUACGUAGCCCCAGCCUGGUUUCCUCUUCUAACCAUGAUUGUCUGCGUGUUUGCAUACGCUGGAGGAGUUUCCUCGCUGCUGUACAUCAUAAUGACGGAAAUGUUUAACUUUCAGAUUCGAGCAAAAGUGUUGGGUAUCGUGGUAACAUACAUUUGGCUCCUAGAAUCCAUCCAGCUCUUGGUAUACGCUCCAAUAUCCAACUUAUUUGGCUUUCAUACUCUUUUCUUCAUCUUCGCAGCAAUAAACCUCCUUGGUUUUACGUUCACUUGUAUCUGUACACCAGAAACUAAAAGCCGAAGUGAGGAAGAGAUUCAGAGGAUAAUCAGGGGGCAUGUGAAUAAAGAUUGUUAACAUUAAAUUGA